AUGGUCAGGGCUAAGUGGACACGUGUUUUGGGCGAGCAAAGAGUCCGAAGAUCCUCCCAUGCCCUGUCUGUGAUUGGCAGUAAUGCCUACGUUUACGGCGGAGAAAUCAAGCCGCGCGAGCCUGUUGAUUCAGACAUACACAUGGUCCGUCUUGCUGAGGUUCAGAACGAUGUGGACGUGGUGUCAAAGAUUGCCGCAUCAGGCUCAGGUCCAUCACCGCGCGUUGGCGUCCUCUCGACGGCCGUCAAUGGAAAACUAUACAUUUUCUCCGGGAGAGGAGGAGUCGCUAUGAGUCCAAUCGAGGAGAAAGGCUCGCUAUGGGUUUUCGAUCCAUCUGAAGAGCAAUGGGCGCACGUUUCCCCCAAAGAUGAAACCUUACCAUAUCCCGAGGGUCGAAGCUAUUACGCUCUUACAUCUGAUGGCCAUGACACCAUUUUCCUUCACGCUGGCUGCCCGGAACAGGGUAGGCUGUGCGAUCUUUGGUCAUUCCACAUUACGGACCGGACAUGGAGCCGGCUGGCUGAUGCCCCAGAGCCUGCCCGAGGAGGCCCCUCUAUUGCUUUCGUGGAAGAUAAGUUGUACCGCAUGAAUGGUUUCGAUGGCAAGACUGAACAAGGUGGCAACGUUGACAUAUAUGACAUCGCCAGCGAUAUUUGGACAACCGUGGCAUAUCGCGCAGACGGUCGUUCUGGUCCUACAGCGCGAAGCGUAGGCUGCCUUGUGGCAACCAAAAUCUCCGAGAAACCGGUUCUGGUCACCCUAUUUGGUGAAAGUGAUCCCAGCAACCUCGGUCAUCAAGGGGCCGGAAAAAUGCUUGACGACGUCUGGAUUUUCCAUCUCGACACGUCGACCUGGGCCAAGGUGGACAUACCUGAUUCGGAUCGGCCGGCUGCACGGGGGUGGUUCGAUGCUGAUGUCUUGCAAAACUCGCCAACGCCAAAGGUUGUGAUCCAUGGAGGUCUUGCGGAAUCUAACGAGCGGCUCGGGGAUCUCUGGACGCUGGAAAUUGAUGGUUGA